UCAGUGUGGCCCCAGAAGUGCCACCUGUCAGUGCUCAUCAGUGCCACGUGCCAGUGCCCAUCAGUGCCACAUCAAUGCCACAUAUCAGUGCAUACCAGUGCACAUCAAUGCCACAUAUCAGUGCCCAUCUGAGCUGCCUUUCAAUGUCACCCAUCAGUGCCAGUCAGUGCCACUUAUCAAUGCCAAUCAGUGCCACCUAUCAGUGCUACCAAUCAGUGCCACCUAUCAGUGUCCAUCAGUGCAGCCUAUAUCAGUGUCCAUCACUGCAGCCUCAUUAGCGCACAUCAGUGAAGGAGAAAAAUCAUAUGGGUACAAUGUUGCAUGA